AUGUCCCACCUAACCUACUACAACUACCCCGGCGUCGGUGAACGCAACCGCCAAACCUUCAAAUACAGUCAAGCUGUGCGCAUCAGCGACCGCAUCGAAUGUUCCGGCCAAGGCGGCUGGGACCCCAACACGGGCGAAUUCUACAAAGAAAUCAACGCGCAGAUCGACCAGGCAUUCGCGAACGUGGAUCUGGCGCUCAGGACGGCCGGCGGGAAGGGCUGGGCGCAGGUGUAUCGCGUGAACUCGUAUCAUGUGCCAGUCAAUAACGAGGCACUGGAGGCUAUGGUGAGGAACUUUAGAAAGUGGAUGCCAGAUCAUGAGCCGUUGUGGACUUGUGUGGGGGUUACGAGGCUGGGGGAGGAUGAUAUGAGGGUUGAGAUUGAGGUUGUUGCGCAUGAUCCUAAAUAG